AUGUUUCAUGAGAACUUCAGUUCUGAGAGUGUGGCAUUACCGCCAUCACCAGCAAGAGCUAAGCGCCAAUCUCUCCAACCAUCACUCCCUCACAUAUCAACACAUGGUACAACAACAGGGGCUAUUCCUAGGUCCACUGGUGAUCCCAGUGGUCUGUAUAGACCAGUUACGGGAACAACCAGUCCUGUUAUGAAAGUAGCCAGAAAACCUGUGAGAGCCAGUUCGGGUGAAUCAAAUGGAAGUGGUAGCGACAGGAGUCCUGCUCCUUCUCCAACAUUGUAUAGCAGCAGUACCUCAGGAUAUCCCUCACAAGCUACAGUUUCAGAUGGUUUUAAUCGGACGAUUCAAUCGCCUCAACCUGGUCAUCAAUCUACUCAAUACAGUGAUAAUAUGGAUCAGGUUCAUAGCCACCCGAGUAAAAAUCAGGGGGAGCAUGUAAAUUUCUUAGGUCUUGAUAACAGUCAUGCCAUUGGUCAUGCACAUGGUAGUACUCAUGGUAAUGCUCAUGGAAAUUCUCAUGACCAUGGUCAAGCAUCUAAAUCAAUCGCUCAUUGUCACCAUUCGCAUUAUUCACAGCAUUCUCAGCAUACCCAUCAGCACCAAUCUCACCAUCACCAUCAUCAUCACGCUCACCCUCAACGUCAGCGGUCACAUUCACAAUCACAUCCUCAAACAUAUUUCUCCAGUGAACAUUUGGAACAGUCUGGCAAUUUGGGUCUGCAUUCUACGUCAAAUACAUCUACCGAGCAACAACCUACUCACCGUUCUUUCAAGCAUAUUAUCCGUCAUGCAUACUCACACAGUCUGAGCAAUCCAUUGUUUCCAAAUCUCCAAUAUCCUACAAAGCCUUUACAGACGGACUCGUCUCGCUCGCCCUCUCCAGAGGUAGUAGUUUCGGCAGAGCCACCAGUUUUGGAAAUGAAAUCGCUGGCUGUCAAGCCAAUAGCUACUGAUAUGGCUAAAGCUGGAUACCCAGUGUAUUCGGUUCCAAGAAAGCCUGUUGGUUCGAGCAGUUCUCUUGCUUCUAUUGCAUCGAGUCAGGCAAGCAAUGGUAGUCCCUCCGUAGUCACACACUCUGUCAUUGCCGCUAAUAGCCCAUCUGCAGUUUCACCAGAACCAAUCAUUAAAAGUCCAGGUUUGACCCAAAAGUCAAUUCCCGAUACACCUCCUAAGGGUCCAGUUGAUUUGGCAAGAAGUUCGGCUAGAGCAAGGUCUAGGAGUCCUGGUAAGAGGGGUUUGAGGUCAGGUAGUCCGGGUAAACUCAGUUCAGAUCUGAAUACUACUCUUGAUGCUACAUCUAACUCGCCCACCUUCCUAUCUCCUAGAGGUCUUUCUCCUAAUCCUGCCGAAAAUAGUUCUCGGGUUUCUACUUCCUCUUGUCAAACAGUGGGAAUUCCAGAUGACACUCAUCAAAGUCCUAUCCGUGAUAUGAAUAGUCCAGCCUCAAAGGAAAAAGUGCCCAACUUUUCGCACAAAGAUGCCCCACGGAUUAGCCGUGACUGUAGUCCAAACCCGGAUACCGAGUCCUCUUUACACAACUUAUCUCCUGUAUCUCGACCUCUUCGCUAUAGUGGGGAUGAGGAGACAUUUACAUUUCUCCAAGAGUCAAAUACUACUAAGAACCAACAGCAGGUGCCAACUCCCGUAACAGCAUCUGAACGAAAUCGUAGUCAUUCACCUAGUACAGGCACAAUGGAUAAAAAAAUAGCAUCACCCAUCAGAGUUGGACGCCGGGGAUUAACUCCACCUAUAUCUUCCCCGCCGCUUUUGUCACCACCAAAAUCCUCACCUCCAAUGGUGUCGUCACAAGACUCUUCUUCUCCCAGAUGGUCAGCACAACCGUUUUCUGGGUACCAACCAGCAGAAUAUCCGUCUGACAGCUACGGCUACUCUCAGCAUUCACCAAUUCUGACUUCCCAGAUUUCGUCCAAUUCACAAGCUCCUCCUGUUAGAAAGUCAGUGGGCUCUUCGAGACCACUCAGCUUGCAAGUUACUUCAGCAGAUCUCGGCCGUGUUAACUUCGAAACUGAUGAAUUCGACGGGGAUGAGGAAAGUGACCCAUUUCCUGUCUCCAGUGCCCAGCACCUAAAAUACCACAUUCUCAAGUAUUCCAAAGAUUUGUACUUGACCACCAAUCCCGACUCUCAGCACCUUGACAUGCGAGUUGGACCCAGCUACUACGUCGAUAUUACCACGUCCAAUGGCGAUUUUGAGCUCAACUUCCAUCAAAAUGGUAACCUUGCAUUGACUAUUGCUCGAAAACGACGGGGCCCUGCUCCUUUCCAGAUGACUGUAUUCUCAGACGUGUACCGUCCCCUUUCUUUCGAUAUCCAUGAUGCUAGCGAGAUGAUAUACUCUCCGAAUAGUACAAAUCCCAAGGGCAUCAGAUGCGAGCAGUAUUUAUUUGUCGACACUGACAAACGAGAAUGGCUGAUUGGCAACAGACAUCACCUCACUAAAGGGGAUCUUGUGAAGGUGUCGAAGUCCAAAGUAUUCUUCAGUUUAAAGGCUGAUCCCAACGUGAUACUUGGUAUGGUCCGACGGAGAAUACCUAUCAAAAAGCGGGUCAUGCAAUUAGGAAAAAAAGACGCCGAUAAGGAAGAAGACGAUGACGCCGACGAGGAGAAAAUUGGCUGGCUCUACGCAUACGACAGGGCACAAGAACAUCCCUACCCCCAGUACAUGAUGAAAGCGGUCAUCGGCCUCAGCAUGGCUGUCUCAUAUUGCCAACGACUCGACAGCAAACGGUCUUUCCGCGCCAGUCUCAACCUCGACAAGCUGCAGUCCGUUGGCAAGCUGUCCAAGUAA